GCUUCCAGUGAGUUGGACGGGACUUGUGAUAUUGGCAACGUGACUGCUUUGGAGCUGACUGAACCGCCAGUGCAAGAAUCCAGUGAUAGCAAGAUUCGAAACAGACACGCCAGGCAACAUGAGCACAGCAGGCAAAGUUAUUAAAUGCAAAGCAGCAGUUUUGUGGAAAACAAAGAAACCAUUUUCCAUUGAGGAAGUGGAAGUUGCCCCGCCGAAAGCACAUGAAGUUCGCGUAAAGAUCAUAGCCACAGGGAUUUGUCGCUCUGAUGACCAUGUGAUAAGUGGUGUGCUGGUUAUGCCUUUUCCCAUAAUCCUUGGGCAUGAAGCAGCUGGUGUUGUGGAGAGUGUUGGGGAAGGAGUAACUUCUGUGAAACCAGGAGACAAGGUUAUUCCACUCUUUGUUCCACAGUGUGGGGAGUGCAGCGUUUGCUUAAGCACCAAGGGCAAUCUAUGCCGUAAAAACGAUAUUGGUCCAGCUUCUGCAUUAAUGCCUGAUGGCACCUCAAGAUUUACCUGUAAAGGAAAAGCGAUUCACCAUUUUGCUGGUACAAGCACCUUCACUGAAUACACAGUACUGCAUGAAACCGCAGUGGCCAAAAUUGAUGCUGCUGCUCCUUUGGAAAAAGUCUGCCUGAUUGGCUGUGGAUUUUCAACUGGUUACGGGGCUGCACUGCAGACCGCCAAGGUGGAACCAGGCUCUACCUGUGCCGUCUUUGGCCUCGGAGGAGUUGGCCUCUCGGUUGUCAUGGGCUGCAAGGCGGCUGGAGCUUCCCGCAUCAUUGGCGUUGACAUCAACAAGGACAAGUUUGCCAAGGCCAAAGAGCUGGGAGCCACCGACUGCGUCAACCCUAAAGACUUCACGAAGCCCAUUCAUGAAGUGUUGAUGGAGAUGACUGGCCUCGGCGUGGACUACUCCUUUGAAGUCAUAGGUCACACUGAAACCAUGGCUGCAGCCUUGGCCUCUUGCCACUUCAACUAUGGGGUCAGUGUGAUCGUGGGAGUGCCCCCCGCAGCAGAAAAGCUCAGUUUUGACCCCAUGCUCCUCUUCAGUGGUCGCACCUGGAAAGGGUCUGUCUUUGGAGGCUGGAAAAGCAAAGACUCGGUCCCUAAACUGGUUGCUGACUACAUGGAGAAAAAAUUUGUUCUGGAUCCAUUAAUAACCCACACCCUUCCUUUCCAUAAAAUCAACGAGGGAUUUGACCUGCUGAGGACAGGGAAGAGUAUUCGCAGCGUCCUGCUGUUUUAGGAUUCCCAAAUGCUAAGCAGCAGAUGGCUUAACAGCAGUACAAACUUCAUUGUCCUCCCUACAACCGCUAUGCAAUGCAAAACAAGGCAUUUCUGAAAGGUCUGCCACCGCCACCCUUCACUAAAAGCAUCAAGCGCAAAACCCAGUCUUCAAGGCACAGCAUUUAUAAAGGCAAUAAAUCUUUUUCCUCCCA